GAAAUAUGAUUUCAUAAUAGCCCAAUAUCAACAAAGUAAUAGUUCCCAAAAAUAAAGGUUGCCAAGCAACCGCACUAUCGCUAAUCACAGUUACAUAAACUAUCGCGUCAUACAUUAUUUUAUAUAACUGACAACCAAGCGGAGAACCAUGGUUGCCAGUCCGCGACCACACUCCACCGACACCGCACGCGUUUAAACAAUGAAAUCAAAUUAAGAAAACAAUAAAAAAAAUAAAAGCGAAACAAAUAUCGAAAAUGUUCUAAAUUCAAAAUAAGUUUCCAUAGACAACGGGUCGGAUGUAAAUAUAAAAAAUAAAAUAAAAGUGAAAUGAAAGUGAAACUUUUAGUGCACUGACCGGCCAACAUGCAGUGUGGAUUGAAAGUGUUUCUUUUGGUAGCAACAUGUGUCGUUGUGGGCGACGCGUCGAAUGCUCUCAGUGUUUAUCGGAAUCCAUACAAAAAUAUUAUGUUCAUACCGAAAAAUGUGUACAGACAGAAACCGCGACAGUCCAGAGUUUUGUUUUUAGAUGAGGACGAAAAUCGGCAGCCGUACGGCAAGGGUGAGAUCGAUUUGACCCUAGACAAGAGUUCGAAGAUUAAAUUCGAUGACACCGACUACGAAUUCACGUCACCCGACGGCUCUGAAUCGUCACUAAAAAGUCAGCCAGACAACGUUCCCUCCGGAAAUGAGAGGUUCUUCGAACCGCGGUUUCGGCCGUUCUCCUACCCGAAGUAUUAUAAUGGACGGUUCAGUAGACCUUACGCGCCGAAUUUCGGGUUAGAAUACCAACCUUUCGCGCCAGCAUUAAGGAACAGUUAUUACCAAGUGAGCGGAUGGAAAGCUAGGAGUCCGCGCGUGGUUUUCCCUUACCAAGAGACAGGGAACUCUGUGCAGACGAACGCUCACGGCGGUGGUUUCGACAACGUCGUGUUCCGUGAACAGAGUUUCGGCCUGAACGAUGCUGAUGAGCAACUUCAGGAUAUUGGUACGGGGGAUGCGGAUGCUUUCGCGGAGAGAGAUGCCAACGACCCACAUCGAGCUCGAUACGACCUUAAAAAGAACGUAACAAAAACACAAAAUCGAAUAACAUUAGAGAAGCCGAUGUUCGUACAAACGGACGGGACAACCCUGUCGUACUUGAAAAGGAACGACUAUUACACGUUCCCGAACACAACCCGAACAUUGCCGAAGUUCAAACCGAUAUCGGACGAGCAAAUUGUCAAAAUAAACCAAAUACUCAAAGAGCUGAUGAAUAGUACAAAUAAAUAUACAAACAAAGUGAGAAAAGGCCGCCUUAUAGACAGUAGUGUUAGUGAGAUAAAUGUUAACGCUGUGACCACUCCUCUGAAAGAGGAUCGGCAGGAUGACAAGAGGUGUUCACAAGGUGGUACCUGUGAGUUCUUUUUCUAUUGCUGGAUGGUUGGAGGACUACUAGAAGGUUCAUGCGCUGGUCUGCUGAAAGGGUGCUGCCAUAGAGUUGCAAAAGCCGGCAUCCUCGGAGUGCACGAUUCGAACAGCAUAGAUUUCGCGUCGAACGAAGGAUUGAGUUACGGACCGGUUAUAAAUGACGAAAGCUGUGGCAUAGCGGUCAGUAAGCAAACGGCCCAAAGAAGAAUAGUUGGCGGCGACGACGCCGGAUUUGGCACAUUCCCCUGGCAAGCAUACAUUCGGAUAGGAUCUUCAAGAUGCAACAUGCUCAUGUCCAUUUUCGAGCUUAUUGGUUGGAAACAGUGUUGGAUAGAGAGGUGUGGUGGAUCUCUCAUAUCCCGGCGUCACGUGGUCACAGCGGGGCACUGCGUUGCCCGCGCCCAGCCUCGCCACGUGCGCGUCACUCUCGGCGAUUAUGUCAUAAACUCAGCGGCUGAACCCUUACCGGCAUACACGUUUGGCGUCAGAUCAAUAAAGGUCCAUCCAUUGUUCAAGUUCACCCCCCAAGCUGACCGAUUCGACGUGGCUGUAUUGACUUUGGACCGGAAUGUACAUUACAUGCCUCAUAUAGCGCCAAUCUGCCUACCGGAACGAGGGUCUGACUUCCUCGGCCAGUAUGGCUGGGCUGCCGGCUGGGGUGCCUUAAGUCCAGGAUCCAGACUUCGACCUCGUACCCUUCAGGCUGUCGAUGUACCAGUCUUGGACAACCGAGUCUGCGAAAGAUGGCAUCGGGCUAAUGGUAUAAACGUAGUCAUAUAUCCAGAAAUGCUCUGUGCCGGAUAUCGGGGCGGAGGGAAGGAUAGCUGCCAAGGUGACAGCGGAGGGCCUCUAAUGCUAGAAAGAGCUGGCAGAUGGUACCUCAUCGGCGUCGUCUCUGCUGGGUACUCCUGCGCGAGUAGAGGUCAACCUGGCAUUUAUCAUAGAGUCGCUCAUACUGUAGAUUGGAUCUCACAUGCGACGACCCUCUCAUAGCAGUCCGUCACUCUUAAAGAAGUCCGUCAAAUUAAUAGCAGUCCAUCGAACUUAUAGUAGUCCAUCACUAAGUGGUCCAUUACUAUAUAAGUAGUCAGCCACUCCAUUUGUAGUUUAUUACUACGUUAGAAGUCUGUCACUAACAAAGUCCGCUACUACAUUAGUAGAUCGUCAAUAAAGAGUUCGCCACCGCAUAAGUGUUCCGUCACUAUCUAAGUAGUCCGUCGCUAAAUUAGUAGUUCACUACCAAGUAGUCUAUCACUACAUAAGUAUUUGGAGGCUACCACUAUGGUCUGUUACUUAACAGACAAUAAUUCUACUCCAAAAUAUGAGUUUUCAAUGAAAAUUCUCUUGGAGUCUGUUAUUCGUACUGAUGAUUUGUGAAGUUUAUUUAUAUUAUUUGUUGUUUAAAAGUUUAUUAAUAUGUAGUUGCAUUGAAUUUUGAAUUUUAAACUUAAAAGAAUUGUAUUCAAAUUUGAGUGUACUUGGCCACAAUAAUGCUGUUUUAUGUCCAGUCUUGUCAAUCUUCCAUUCUAUUAAUUUGAAAGUUUGAAAUUAAUAGUGACAUUUCAAAACAUUCCAAUUUUAAAAUAUCACUAAAUUAAAAUUCGUAGAAAAUUCUCUAUGAUUGUUUUUGUUUUCUAUCAAAUUGUAGUUUAGUAUUUAUUCUGCAUAUCAAAAUUUAAGUAAUUUAUCAAUAAUCACUCAGCUCGAUCAAUUGUUGUAUUCUCAGAGCGGGAGAGAGAAAAAAACUGUUAAAAAAUAAUUUGUCCAUUAUUCUUUUGGAAAGAGAACAAAUAUAUCGCCUUACAAGAAAUAUAAUUAAAAAAAAAGUAUAUUAAAAUUACCGUUUUGAAUUAUAGAUAGAUAGAUAUAAAAAUGUGAUAUUGAUAUUAAUAAUAACACAUUGAAGAUAGUAAAAUAUGUCAAAAUAUUGAGGAAAAAAAAAUUUAUAAUUCAUAAGUGCCUAUAGCAUAUUGUAAAUAUUCUUUUUUUAUAAAUAGUUGUACAGGUCUCCGUUUAUUUCUUUUUUAUUUUCGUUUUACCAACUUCAAUGUAAAUAAAUUAAGAAUAAUUAAGAUGGCUUUAAGUAAAUUAUUUUCUAUGUGCUUCUAAUUUAUUUUUUAAA